CUGAGAUCACCACCGUGCCUGUCAUCGACCAACCACCGUUGUCUGCUCAGACCCUGACCCCGACCUCUGUCAAAGGGCUCCGGGAGCGAGAAACCACACUCAUCAGCGAGGAAGAUGGGAUUGAGCUGCCUACCCUUGCAAAUAAUAGUAGACUUUCGGAGGAGGAGAGGCUGCAAGUUAGACCGGGGUUGAUCAAGACCAAGGGACAGGAACGCAUAGCGGUGGUAGCAUUGUGGUGGUGCUUGUUCAUGGCUGGAUGGAAUGAUGCUAGCACUGGUCCUCUCCUUCCUCGUAUUCAGGAGAACUACAAUGUCAAUUUCACCAUCGUAUCCAUUCUUUUCAUCUGCAAUUUUAUAGGCUUCACGAGCGCGGCGGUGUUGAACGUCCGACUGACCGAUCUGUGGGGUUUUGGAGCCACUAUCGCGCUUGGUGCAGCUUGCCAAGUUGUGGCUUACACAAUCGACACGCCAGCUCCACCUUACCCACUAUUCUGUAUCGCUUUCGUCAUCAACGGCUUUGGCAUCGGGCUGCAAGAUGCACAAGCGAACACUUUUGUAGCGUGCUUAACUGAUGCCGAUACUAAGAUGGGCUGGCUGCACGCGUUCUAUGGCGUAGGCGCUCUAGUCGCCCCUUUGAUCGCAACACAAUUCGCUCAAAUGACUCGAUGGUCCUUCCACUAUUUGGUCUCUCUGUGCAUUUCAGUGACCAAUCUUGCUGUGCUGCUUUACGUAUUCCGCUUGAAGAGCCAGGAAGACCUGCUCGGUAUUUCGGAACACCAUCUCGAAGAUGCCCAGAUUCAGGGUAACAAGUAUAAACGCAUGUUUGCGUUGAAGAUACUCCAUCUCCUCGCCUUCUUUGCUCUUGUCUAUGUUGGCCUGGAGGUGACUAUCGGAGGAUGGAUCGUCACAUACGUCAUCGAUGUGAGAGGAGGCGGCGCUUCUUCAGGUUACGUGUCCUCAGGUUUCUUCGGUGGCCUCACUCUGGGCCGUGUCCUACUUCUAUGGGUGAACAAGAAGGUUGGACCAAAAUACGUUGUAAUGAUGUACUGUCUGCUUUGCAUUGCUCUUGAGAUUAUCAUUUGGUUUGUUCGCGCAAUCAUCGGAGAUGCCGUCUCUGUCUCUCUUGUUGGGCUAUUCCUCGGCCCCAUUUAUCCUAUCAUCAUGAACGUCGCUAGCCGGAUUCUUCCCCGAUCUCUGCUAGCUGGGUCCAUAGGGUGGAUAGCGAGCUUUGGCCAAGUAGGAUCUGCUGUGUUUCCGUUCAUAACUGGUGCUCUCUCACAACAUUAUGGUGUACAAGUUCUUGAGCCUAUCCUUGUGGGCAUGUUAGCUCUCCUCAUUGCCUUGUGGGCGAUGGUUCCCACUCGGCCAAAAACGGACGAUUGAGCAAUUUUGGUUUCUUAGUUGUAUUCAACAAUUAUGUUGUAGUUUUCAAUAUGGG